AUGACAAUAGAAGCGAUAGAUAAAGGUCUGCGAUCUUUACGUCGAGCACAGCAAGUCCCCGAUGGUACUAACAACAACAACCCCGGGGCUGCUUCCGGCCCUGUCAACAUGUCAGUCAUCUCACCUGCGAUUAAUUACGUUGAUGAUCGCGGCAUUGGACAUGUCAAAGUGAAUGAUAAUCUGGAUUGGUCGGACCGUUUGUCCAAUGAUUCCACUGCACAAGUUGUCUAUACAGGGUCCGGGUCGAAUACCGAGAUUCUCAUUAUUCCCGCUAAGCGGAAUACGUCCGGGUCCAACUCUGAGAUGUUUAUGAUUCCUGCUAAGCGGAAUACAUCGGACUCUACAGAUUCCUCACUCAGUAGCAGCCACAAGAGAUCAGGAGACGGCUCUACUAAUCCCGUAUACAAUUUACCGACAGGAUCCAGGGAUAAUGUCAAACCUGUGGACAGUGCAGGAUUAGCAUAUACAGGAUCAGACCCGGUUGUCCUCGUAAUUGUUGGCACUGUUCUGGCCCUCAUUGCCAUCGCGUCAGCGCUUGCUGUGGCGGUGUACAGCAGGAGAAACCGUGAACGAGCGUGCUCCGAAGACCCAAGCACCCCAAGUGAGCCUUUCAUCGUAGGCUCGUUGCCCGAGCAUCCCGUUCCGGACCUCAGCUUGCUGGACACGGACAUGUCACCGGACCUUUGGCUUGAAGGCCAAUAUCAGUACUCACCCAACAUGAGCCAGGUGAUGAAUUCGUUUAACGGCACUGCUAUUCUGUCCGAUAACAAGACGACUCCAAUGCAUCACCGACUCACAGUUGACGCCUUCCCAUCCAGUCGUCGAGGCCGCCGUGGUGGGCGAGGUGAUGCUGGACGCGGCCAGCGUCGAAAUGCUCGACAUGGUCUUGCUGAUUAUGGCAAUAGUAUGCUUGGCUAUAGUGUGCGUUAUAAUUGUGCGCGUGGCAAUUUGUCUGGUAGCCGUGGUAGCUGGCGUGACAAGAGUGUGCGACGUGAAGGCAGUAUUUUGGAGGAUAUCUCGGAUCGAGGCCGUUGUCGAAAAGGAAUAACAACACCUAUCGUGUUAUACGACGAAAAUUCAACCGAGGAGGAGCACAAGUCCAAUUCAAGCAAAAUACAGAACCGUUCACGACCAGCACAAUCAUCAUCUCAACGUCAACAGUACCAAGAACAGCAACAACAACGUCGUCGUGAUAAGGUUGCUACCAGACGAGAUAGAUAG